UACGAGAGUACACGUUGUUGCCGAGUUGUCGGAGAGGGAGGAGGCAAGAGAGUACACAGAGGAGAAGUCACGGUGGACUAAAUAAGCAUUCGAAGGUGGAGGGGGUCAAAAGAACGGAAUAACAAGUCAUGGCUUCGGGGGACACCCUGUACAUCGAGGCGGACGGCUCGGAAAUGCCCGCCGAAAUCGUUGAACUGCACGAAAUCGAAGUGGAGACCAUCGAAACAACUGUUGUCGGGGAUGACGACGAGCACCAGCCCAUGAUCGCCUUACAAACAAUUGACACGGACGACCCGCACUCGAUCCUUCCGCACCAAGAGGUGAUUCUGGUGCAGACCCGGGAGGAGGUUGUGGGUGAGGAUGACUCGGAACUGCACACGGAUGACGGCUACCAAGACCAAAUCCUCAUCCCGGUGCCCGCCGUGGAGGAGGACUACAUCGAACAGACUCUGGUCACAGUCGCGGGGAGAAGCUCGACAACGGGUCGGAUGAAAAGGGUUGCAAGUGGAAAGAAAUCGGGCAAAAAGAGCUAUCUAAGCGGUGCGGACAUGGGUAGGAAAUGGGAACAGAAGCAAGUGCAGAUAAAGACAUUGGAAGGGGAGUUCUCCGUUACUAUGUGGGCUUCGGAUGACAAGAAGGACAUUGACCAUGAAGAGCAAAUCACGGGUGAAAACUCUCCUCCUGACUAUUCAGAGUACAUGACGGGGAAGAAGCUGCCGCCAGGGGGCAUCCCGGGCAUCGACCUUUCGGACCCCAAACAGCUGGCAGAGUUUGCAAGAAUGAAGCCAAAGAAAGUGAAAGAAGAUGACGCACCCCGAACGAUAGCCUGUCCACACAAAGGCUGCACCAAGAUGUUCAGGGACAAUUCUGCAAUGAGGAAGCACUUGCACACCCACGGGCCCCGUGUGCACGUCUGCGCCGAGUGCGGCAAAGCUUUUGUGGAGAGCUCCAAGCUGAAAAGACAUCAACUGGUACACACGGGGGAGAAACCUUUCCAGUGCACAUUUGAAGGCUGCGGCAAGAGAUUCUCCUUGGACUUUAACUUACGCACACACGUGCGCAUCCACACGGGAGAUCGCCCGUACGUGUGCCCCUUUGACGGCUGCAACAAGAAAUUUGCCCAGUCCACCAACCUCAAGUCUCACAUCCUCACACAUGCCAAAGCAAAGAACAAUCAGUGAACGGAUCCAUGUUGACACCAGCAUACACUGGAAGACUCGCACCGCAGCUCCUUGACAGACAUCUGAAGUCCUGCUUGCUUGUGAGAUAACAGAUUGCCCUUUGUUUUUCUUCAAGACAGACCUUCAACGGACUUUGUCCGAACGCGCGGAGAUGGGAACGUUGACGCUUCUGACUGGAGCGCUACUCAAAUUGAACUUUCUACUUGAUUGUCUUAUUUAUACUUGAACACAGUCCGCUCUAGCUGAGCAGUGUUACGUUGAAAGUCAAACUUUUGCAACAGUCCUCAGCGAGCGGUGACCCUUUUUCAAUUUUCUACUCCCCCACAAGUGUGCAUAUUGUACACUGAUUGACAUAAGCGCUGAGCUCAUUGAGGAUCUCUGUUGCUUUGUUUUCCAAUAUUCGAGUGCGUGUGAAAGAGGAAUUUAUUUUGUACAAUGCAAUGUCCGUCAUGUUGUAGAUAACGUGAUUAUCCAUAGAUUGUUGAUUAAAAUGUUUUCCCCUUCCUCAA